UUGAUAUACAUCUAAAAUAAUAGCCUCGAAAUGAAAUUACUACACUCGAGUCUACCGUAUACAGUACACACACUAACUCCCAUUCGAAAACACGCACAAAAGAUGAUGGGAAGAUGCUGUUCGUCGAUCCCGUCGGCAAAUCCGAGCGAAACGAAGUCGUUUCAGACCAUAAAAGGAUUGCAAAACCUCGCUGAAUCUCGCCGAUUCAAGGCAUGGUUCUUGGAUCAGUUUGGAGUCCUACAUGACGGGAAGCAGCCAUACCCAGGUGCCGUCACUACAUUAGAAAAGCUGGCGAAUUGUGGUGCAAAGAUGGUGGUCAUAAGUAAUUCCUCGAGGCGUGCAUCAACAACCAUCGAGAAGUUGGGUAGCCUUGGGUUUAAUCCGUCUCUCUUUUUGGGAGCCAUUACCAGUGGGGAGUUAACUCACCAGUACCUUCUGAGGAGAGACGAUCCAUGGUUUGCUGGACUAGGAAGCUCCUGCAUUCACAUGACCUGGAGUGAUCGGGGUGCUAUAUCUCUUGAGGGCUUAGGGCUCCAAGUAGUCGAUAAUGUCAAAGAAGCAGAGUUUAUUCUGGCUCAUGGUACUGAAGCCUUGGGGCGUUCAUCUGGAGAUGCACUUCCGAUGAAACUCGAGGAACUUAACAAAAUCUUGGAGCAGUGUGCUGUUAAAAAGAUUCCUAUGGUUGUAGCAAAUCCAGAUUUUGUUACCGUUGAGGCUAGAGCUCUACGGGUGAUGCCUGGAACACUGGCAGCUACAUACGAGAAGCUUGGUGGGGAAGUGAAGUGGAUGGGCAAGCCCGGUGAGAUCAUAUAUAAAUCAGCCAUGGAAAUGGUUGGUGUAGAUGCUGCUGACUGUAUUGCUGUUGGAGACUCGCUACAUCACGAUAUAAAAGGCGCAAAUACAGCUGGAAUAUCUUCGGCUUUCGUAACCUGUGGGAUCCAUGCAAGUGAACUUGGAUUGGAUAAAUUUGGAGAAAGUGCAACAGAUUCUUCGGUUAAUUCUCUUGCCACGAAAUACGAUGCUUAUCCUACAUAUGUGCUUCGUUCAUUCACAUGGUAACAUCCGUAAUAUCGUGGUAAGAGCAUUUUGGCUUUCCCAGAUUUCGAAGAACUUUUAGUUUUUACGUCAACGAUCUGUUUUUAUCGGUAUCGAUUCACGUUUUAUUUUAAUACGCCGAAUGGCUUUCCUCUGUGUGGAAUCUUGCAGGUCCACCUCAUUUUUUUUAGUUCAAGAGCACAUUGACUCCGUUUUUUGUUGUUCACGAUAUUCUUGCACCAUUUCAUGCACUUGAGCUACUUGUAAUUCACCGAUGAUUUAAGAUAUUUAUGAGGAUAAAUUAAAACUACUCUUCUCUCCACGGGAGGUGUAAUUAUAGUUUGA